AUGGCGGAACACGAGAUGACGUCGCCUAGCGUCGAGGUUCAGGGCGAGGCUGUCUGUGGCAGUCGAGGGUCCUGCUGUGGCUUGGUAGCACCGAGCAGCGCUGCUCUCGUGCUAACGGUGCGCUUGCCUCCUGAUGCCAAACCGGGCGAGGUCCUUCGUACCCGCUUGCCGCCGAGCGCAAAUCUGCCGGAGAUGACCUUUGAGGUUCCGAGCGGCGCCUGCACGACGGUGACCGUUCGCACGCCUCUCCCAUUGUGCAAGAUCGAUACCGCUGUCAAAGGUGGCGCGGCCGAGCAGCCAACGGAGAUCUCCCAUGUCACUGCUGGAUCAGUCCAGCCGGCGCUGCCCGACCGUCAGCGCCGCGCCUUCCAGUCUGCUUUCGACGCCUUCACGACAAUCUGCCUGCUGGCUCUCGCGAUCAUUGCCGUUGCAGUCGGCUUGAUCUACGGCGCCGCGUGGCUCGUCACUUUCCCGCUCCGAGUACCCUACCGCGCCGCCCACGCCUUUCUGGACCGGUGCUGGAGCGAACAGCGGCCUGUGGCUCAGCUAAGCGGGUGGGCGCGGGUGCAGCGGGCGCUCCUCCACGACAUCCUCCCCGCCUCACUGCUAGUCAGCCUCGUCGCGGUGGCGCUGCCUCUCAUUGGCGCGGGCGCACUCGUACUGCUCCCGCCCAUCAUGCUCGUCUUUCUCCCCGCCGCCGAGCUGCUGAUGGCCGCCGGCGCCAAGCAGGCAAUCAUGCGGUACAUGUUUCCGAGCCUGCCCUUCUCGCUGCUCUAUAAGCACGUGCUGCCGGCGCCGGUGGGGACCAAGCUGUUCGACUCGAGUCUGCGCUCGCGGCCGCGCGAUACGGCCGGCCGACAGAUCCUCCGCCACUCGCAGCUCUCGCGAGUCGAGCUCCGCGAGGGCGCCAUGCUCGACGGGCGAGAGUCGGCCGUCUUUGCCGCCCUCGAGAGCGCUGCCCUCGGGCCGGGCGCGGUGAAGCCGGUCGCCAUCUUCACCACUCACCACCACUGGGACCACGCCGGCGGCAACGCCGAGAUGCUCAAGAGGCCCGGCUUCGAGGGGAUGCGCGUGUACGGCGGAAAGGACGACAGCGUGCAGGCGUGCACGCACUGGAUGGCGGACGGCGACGUCGUGCACGUUGGCCCCGCCCUGGCGGUGCGCGCCAUCGGCGGCGCCUGCUUCCACACGCGCGGCUCGCUGAUGUUUGCCAUCGACAGCCCAACGCCCGCACUCUUCACUGGCGACGUCGCCUUUUGCGGCAGCUGCGGCGCAAACUUCGAGGGCAGCGUGUGCGAGGUGGCGCGCGGGCACGCCACGCUCUGGCGCAGCUGCGUGGCGCAGGCCGGCCGCGUCUGCGCCGACCGAUGGCUGCUCUUCCCAGGGCACGAGGUCGCUCUGCCGAUGCUGCACGCGCUGAGGGAGAGCGUCGAGGACGAGGCUGGGCCCGCGCGCAGCGUUUUAACGCCCGGGGGGCCCGCGACCUGCCGCCUCGAGGCGACGGUGGAGGCUGCGGGCGCCCUCCGGCGGUGCAAGCCGCCUCAGCCGUGCGUUCCGCACGUCCUCGCGGACGAGGUCCAUACGAACCUCAGCUUCGUGCCUCUGCGCGGCGCCGCGGCGGAGCUCACGAUGGCUUUCCGCCAGUCGCUGCUGCCGACAAGCCUGCCUGCUGACGGCGACGGCGCCGGCGGCGUGCUUGGCGGCGGCGAGCCGAGCGGCGCGGCCGCUGCGCUGCAUGUGCCGUGGACUGAUGCGGAUGGAGCUGUGGCGCUGCCUCCGGCGCCGCCGGACGGCGAGGGCGAGGGCCGUACCGGCGGCAUCCUGGCGCUCUGCCGCGGCCUCUUUGCGCGGGAAGGCCGCUACGAGGAGUGCGUGGACCGCGAGAGCAGUAGCAGCGGCGGCGGCGCGCCUACCGACGCGGCGGCGGUCUUUGCCGAGUCGCCUGGCUGCCUGCCGGCCGCGACCGUCGAGGCAUACUUCGCGCCGGACGAGGAGGAGGCAGCGCUGGUCGAGGCGGCCGUCACCGCCGCCGAGGUCAAGGAGGCGUUCAAGCUGGUGUCCGCCUUCGCCUUCGUGCCUCCGCACUUGCACAUCGGCCUGGUCGAGCAGCUGCUGACCUGCCGCCACCUGCAGCCCGCCCCGCUCGACGAGGACGAGUGGCGUCAGCUUCUUUGCGCCCUCGAGCCGCUGCUGACGCGCGAGCGAGCCAUCGGCCCGGACCGCUUCUGCGAGGCGCUGCGGCUGGACAAGGCCGCGAGCAGGUCUGCGGCCGCGCAUGCAGGGUGGUGCGGCCUCGGAGCGAGCUGUGGGGGCGGCGGCCGUGCCGGUGCCAUGCGGACUCCGCCGUUUGCUAGCUCCGGGAGCGAGCUGUGGGGCGCCGGCUUCCGCAGGCUCUUUCCGGCCCGAGCGUGCCGACGCGCGGCGCGAGUGGCCGCUGCAGGCGAGACUGCGGCAGGUGACGGUGACCACGAGCAGGACCAGAAGGCGCAACCCGCGGGCGAGGCGACGCGACAUGACGCGGCGUGA